GUUUUUUUUAUGGUAGUUUAAUUUUGUACUAAGUUAUGUGUCUAUAAUAUAGCAUUAUAGCAUGAAUUAAAAAUGCUCAUAACUCACUUAAAAACUGAAUAAUCUUAAAAAAUAACAUACGAACACAGAUAAUGUUCUUACUAUCAAAUUUCUUAAUAAGCGGAUUCACUCUAAUUUUUAAGCUAACUGACUAGUGACUACUGAGCUAAAUGUGUGAUCUGCUGAGCGUAAAUCUGCUAUGUUACAUACUUGUGAGACAAACACAACACAUGCGGGUGUGGCGUCCUCUUAAUGGCUUACUCUUUAGGCCAAAAAUUAGCCUAAAUAUUCAGCCUGCAACCACUACAGCCAUCAAUUGACCAAUUAGACUUAAAAGGUACAUCAUUUUAAUGGUUCAUGUUUUGGAGUAAUAGAAAAACACUAAGGAGGACCUAAUUCAUUAUGGAACCGUUAAGAACACCUAUUAAUAAUCCCGCGAUAAACUCCAAGUAUGAUUAUAUAUUAAACAGUUCUAGAGUGUUGACAAUUCCAUGUAUUAGAUGUGAUGAUCCAGUAUUUAAUAAAGUUAUUAAACAGGAAACUAUUGAUGAAACAGACUCUACUAAUGAUAACCAAUUAUUCCAUAUAGGUGAUUUGCAGCACACGAUCCGACUAAAUUCAAGUAGUGGGCCAAAUAUGGUACAAAAUCAGCUAAUGGUGAAAUUUGCUUUAUUCUUGCUUGAACUCUUGAAUAAAUACCAGACACGUUUUUAGCAUUAUCAUAAGAUUGAUCUCUCAAAUAUCAAACAUCUAAAUUAUAUUUUUUGAAAACUGAUUCUGCUAGAUUUUCUGAUUUAAGUUCUUUUAAGUUUUUUUUCUAAAAAACCAAUAAAUCUUUCAAUUGGCUCACCGUUCGAUAGCACAUACCUGAUAACGAAAGACAGUUGGUCAGAGUGUGAUAUAUCUGGAGUGGAGUCUAUGCUGAUAGAAAAAUAUUUUGAUGAUUUAAUUUCAUCAACUAUGGUAUUAAUGACUUUCAGACAUGAUUUUAAUGAACUGUUCAUAAGUAGAAAAUGAUAAGUAGGAAGUAUUACCUUUACCAGGGUUACCAUACUUAGAUAUGUGUUCUGAUAAAAGUGGGUUGUACUCUGCUAGUAAUUCCAUCAUCAUAAUAAAAUUGCCAGUGUUUGAAGUAGAUGAUCCAAAUUUUUCUAAAUCACCUCUAAAUGAUAGUCCGUGGCUUUCCAAACUUUUGACAACCUAAUAAACUCUGGUCAUUACACUAAUCUAAUAUUUUUUUUUCAGUUUCUAUUUGAUGCAUUAGUUUCAUAUUUAUUUUACUUAAAUCUGAUGCAAGUUCUUUCAUUUUAUAGGAACAUAAUAUGUGUUCAGGUGAAUUUUCAUGGUAAGAAAUUUUUUUAGAGUGUUUCCAAUCAAUAAAUCCUGUAUUUGAAAAAUUAGUUUUAUUCUCAAAUAAGAGAUAUGGAACACAAUAAAUUGAUCUAGUACUCUCAGAAUAAGAUAAAUAAUCUCAUUGACAUGUUUCACCAUUGAUUAAAACAUUUUUGAAAAAAUCUGUAUUCAGAUAUCUAAAAUAAUUGCGGAAAUGCCCUUUCUGAACAACACUGUACAAUCUCUUUGAAGCUGUAAAUUUAACAUCUAUAUUUUGACGAAUUCCAUUUUUACAGAUAUACUGUCUCAUUUGUUCAUUUAUAUUUUAUACACCAAAAUGCUGGAUCAAAUCUUAAAUAA